AAAACUUUACUCCAAGGAUAAAUAACAUCUGGAAAAAUCUAAAAAGGAUUACCUAAGACAUGGUUGGAUGGAAAGUGCUAAUAAGUAACCUAUACUCCUUCAUGAGGUGUAACAAGCGUAAAUAAAUAAAUAAACUUUACUUCAAAGAUUCAUUAUUGUACAGAAAUUCUAAGGUUUUUUUUCUUCUUAAUUUAAGAUGCUUUUCAGCGUUUUCAAAAAUUUUCAUUUCUACGGAGUUUUCUGGAUCUACCCCCUCCCCCCUAGCAACAAAUGAUAAUAUAAUACAGUCGUACUGUUGUUUGUUUGUUUGUUUGUUGUUGUUUUUUUGUAAUUUUCAAUUUUUUCUUUAUUUUUUUUUAAUUAGUUAAAUAUGAUUGGAGUUACUUUACCAUUAAAUCAACCAUAUUUACAAUUAAUGGAUCGUAAAUAUAUAUUUCAUCCAACCCCAAUUGGAUUAGGGGAUUAUCGUUUAGGUUAUUUAUAUCAAAUGAAAUUAAGAAAUCCUAGUUCAAAAACAAUUCGAUUUCAUCUUAGUUCAGUUCAAUGGUUAAUAAAACAAUCAAUCAAUCAUGAAUUAAAUCAAUCAGAAAUCAAUGAAAAAUGUAUUGAAUAUGGUUUACCUAUAUUAUAUUGUAUACAAAAUCAAGGAUUAAUUGAAUCUAAUGGAUUAUAUAGAUUAGAUUGGAGAUUUCGUCCUAUAGAAGCUAAAACAUAUACUGCUUAUUGUUAUAUUCAUAUUGUGGAUGCUGAACUACCAUCAGUUACUAAUCAAUCAGUCUAUUCUGAUACUAUUCUAUUAGAAUUAGUUGCAAUUGGAUAUGAUUCAAAACAAUUAGGACCUAAAGAAAUCAUAGCUAAUCCACAACGUGUUCAAAUUCCAACGGCUAUUGAAAAUCAUAUCAUCUCUUUGGAUAGAAAUCCACAAUCAAUCAUUCAAUCCAACAAUGAUGAAGAGGAUUUGACUUUUCGAAAUUUUCCUCCAUUGGCACGUCGAAUUAAAACUCCAAUUGAUUCAUGGGUCAGUUUAUCACAUCAUUUAAUAGAAUUACAUCGUAUUAUUCUUGGAACACGUUGUAGACGUUUAAUUCAUAUGACAAAUAGAUUUAGUUCUGAUAUUAAUCGAUUACCUGUUAAUAAUCGAUCGGUUUAUCGAUAUCGAUGGUUUACAGAAUUUCCAAAUGAUAUAGAGAUUGUUACCAUUAGUCCAAGAACAGGAAGAAUUAAACCUGGUCAAACAAUUCAAGAACUGGUUACUUUUACAGCUAGUGGAUUACCACGUUUUACUGAGAUAAAUCUAAUUUGUGAAUUAAUCGAUGAACAUGAAGAGAACAAAUAUUGUGAAGAAUUAAAGGCUUGGCAAUCUGAAUUAGAUAGAUUUAAAGUUGAAUUUACAAUAACAGAGAAUGACUUAAUAAAAACUAAAUUGAAACCAGAACUCAUCUCAUCAGAAUCAGAUGAGAUUGAUAUUGAUGAGUUUUGUAAAAAAUGUCCAAAACCAAUUCAUACCAAACCAAUUUACAUUUACCUUACAAUCAGUGCAGAAAUAAUCAAUAAUGAAGCUGCAAAAAUCUAUGGUGUAAAUGAUGAAGGGAAAACAUCAUUGAUUGAUUAUUCACAAUUUUUUAAUUCAAAUCAUUCAGCUGCUAAAGCAAUCAGUUCAACUAAAAUACAAGAUCGUAUUUGGUACUUACAUCAACAAUUAUUCAUUGAUUUAAUAACAUCAUUAAUCGAUAGUUUAAUAUUUAAUAAUGAAUUUGUACAAAUAAUUCAAAAUAUUGUUAUUCCACCAGAGAAUAUCAUUCAUACAUCAUCAUUGAAUAACAAUGAAAUCAUUGUUGAUGAUCAUGAUCAUGAUGAUGAGGAUGAUCCAGCACCAUUAUGGAUACAAAUAAAAUCAGAUCAUUGUUAUAAAUUGAAUGAAUUACCAAUGAAUUACAUAAAUGAUAUAAAUAAAACAACAAAUCAAUUAAAUAAUUGGAUACCUGAAAUAGUUAAAGACAAAACUAAUAAACAAGACAUGAAACAUAUACAUAAAGAAACUGUUGACAAUAUGUGCAUACAAAAUCCGGCUAUUCAAUGGUUAAUUGAAGAUGCUUUAGCUGGUAUAUUAAAUAAUAUUCUAGAUGAAGUAAAUGAGAAAGAAUUCGAAAUAACAACUAGACCAAGAAUAAUCGCAUUACCACCGAUGACAAUACUACAGAAUAAAAUGGAAGAUAAAUAAAUGAACUAAACUAUGAAUUUUAAUAGUCUUAGAAAUUUUUUGUAUGUAAAGUCGAAUGAAACAUUAUUGAGUCUAUACAAUACACAGACUAAUUUUCAUGUAUAA